AAAACCAUUUGAUCUUCUUUCUUUUUUUUCCCCCAGUCGCGCUACGUCGGAUGCGCUCGGGUCCAGCCUGAGAGCGCGCACGCACCUCUCGUGGGGACUGAGGGAAAGAGAGAGAGAGACGUGUGAUUUCUCUUUGUAGUGAAUGAAGAGUUGAGGCCGGCUCCGUUACUGCUGCCGUCUCUUUUUAUAUAAGCAGAGUUUGCAUGCUGUAAAUAGCAAAUUAAGCCGGUUUACACUUUACGUUUCACCAUACCCGUCGGCACCUUUUGUUUUGUGGAAGCGACCGGCCACUGCCAAUGUCCCUUUGAGCGAUUUUGGACAACAAAAGCAUCAGGUCCAGCGUUGUUUUUUCUUCGGGGGAUUUCAAGUCACACGUUUAUCAGUCGGGGUUUCUCAGUGCGGAAAAGCGAACAGCCGCACGUCCACAUACCGCUUCACCUCCUCUCCGUCGCCCCUUUCACACUUCCACACCUCCGGGGGCGAUUUUUAUUUCUUCUUCUGCUCCCCAACUCGAGCGACCAUGGCUGCUGUAACAAGCCCGGAGACGAGCCCUCAACCCCGGGUAUAUUUCCAGACGCCGGCCGGCACCACGGAGGAACCGGAGACACCCGUUCGGAAGCAGGGACGCGUGACCGUCAAAUACGACCGUAAGGAGCUGAGGAAGAGACUGAACCUGGAGGAGUGGAUUAUCGACCAGCUAACGGACCUCUACGACUGUGAGGAGGAGGCCAUCCCAGAGCUGGAGAUAGAUGUGGAUGAGCUGCUGGAUAUGCCCAGUGACGUUGAGCGGGCAGCCAGGGUCAAGGACUUGCUGGUUGACUGUUAUAAACCUACUGAGGACUUUGUCUCAGAGCUGCUUGACAAGAUCCGAGGGAUGCAGAAGCUCUCCACGCCUCAGAAGAAAUGAUGGCGUCCCUCGUCCUCCCUUACAUCCCCCCCUCCACCUCAGCCCUCACUUCUCGUCUUCCUACCACACUUUCUAUCCUUUUAUUUUGAUGUCUGUUUUCUUCCAUUGAGGAUCUUCAUGAAAAACUGAACCUUGUUUCCACUCAUCGUUAGGCCCUCUGUCCUAAACUCCUUUCUUUUUAUCUCUUUCUCUUCUCUUUUCUCGUUGCCUGGAUCCAGUCCCAUAAGUCACUUUUUAUUUUUCAUUUUGUUUGCCCUUCCCUUGUUUAGUUUUUUUUUAAAACUUCCUUCUUAAAAACUAUCAGCAAAGAAGCAAAAGGAAAGGAAAGAACGCAUAAUAACCAGAUUCAUCACUCUCAAUCCAGGCACUCUCCUUCCUUUUCAUUUUCACCCCUGCUUCUCCUUCACCCUUUGUUUGGCUUUACUCCUCUACCUCACCCACCUCUUCUUGCUCCCACUUUCCCUCAUACCACCCUCCAUCUGUCCGAGGAGAAGAGGAGCUGAGAUGAGUUGAGCCCCGUAAUUAAAGAGAUCGGAGCGGCCGAGAGUGGGAAGAGGACCAAGAGAAAGCGUCUGCAACAGCCAAGGAGAGAGUGGAAGGGUGAACGAUGAAGGAGGAAGAAGCAGCCAAUCAGCUUGAAGCAGGGCCUAAUCAGUGCUUUUGUCUCUACCAAUGAGAUUCCUUGUUUUGUUUAAACUUGAUCCAGCUACCAACCAUGAUUCUUUUGAUAUUUUCUAGUUUGUUUCUCAGUUUGAGGGCAUGGAGAUAUUCACUUGACUUUAGUUUUUUUUUAAUUUAAAACUUAUUUGGGGGUCCGUACAAUCUUUUCAGAUGCAUCCCCACCCCCCUUAAUCAGAGGCAUUUGCUACAGUGGUGCAUUUAAAGACUGACUUUUUUUGUGCGUGUGUAUCUGUUGAAAAAUCUGCGCUAUGUCAUUUUGGGAAGAAAAUCUGAACCUCUGACCACAAAGAAUACAUAUGGUCUAUCUUUAGUACGACAAAGAGGAAAAUUUCAUCCCUGGAAAUAGUGGUUGAAGCUUAAAAAAGUCACUGGUUGGUUGGGGUGGUCAAACGGUCCAACUAAUUUUAGAAUAAAAUUCCUCCCCUGAGGCCAGAGUAGACGGAUGCUCUCCUACGUCGGGUGUGCUUGAAUAGAAUUCAAAUUCAUGAAAAAAAAGAGAGAUGUUUUUCUAUCUUUAAAUGCGUGGUGCAGUCAUAAAAGAGGCUCUUUAGAAGCCACUGCUGUCCAGCCUGCACAUACUUAUGUACGUCUGUGUGUUGCUAAAUGCUACGUGUGUAUGUUGCUACAUAAUGUACAGCAACUUUCAUAAUAGGAGUGUUUUUCUGGCCUGUAUAUUCUGCUGUUCUGUACGACAAAUUAGAUUUUUAGUAUAGGACUGGUUCCUGUUUUGGGGUUUUAGAGUUAAAUUUUUUUUUCUGGAUGCAUUUUGUCCCACACACACUGACAGUCCGACUGGGGGGACCCAGAACAAAGCUGCCUUGUUUUUUUUAUCAUCCCCCCUCUCUCUCUGUCUGUUUCUCACAGUCUCUUCCUUUUAUCUUAGGAAUGAUUUAGUCCACCACAUUGUUUGUGUUUGGCAGCCAUCAGUUCGGAGCUGUCACAUGUACAUGGAAACUCUGAAAAUGUCCUUGCUCCACAUUGGUGUAGAAACUUUGUACUGUCCUCUGCCUGUCAGUAGACCCACCAAUGGGAUGUCUGAAUGGGAGGGAUGGAGGGAGGGAGGCCACUAUUUUAAACUGACGCUGUCUAAAUGCAUUCACUCUCCUUUUUUUUUUUCUAUCCUUUCUCUCAUACACACACAGGCCACCCUUGGGGCGGAGGGAACGGAAACACAGCUGCCUCUCACACAGAUGUGCACACACAUACACACACACAUACACACCAAGCACUGGGAGAGAAAGGGAGAGAGAAAGGCCGGUCUGUAGCUGUCACAAGAUCUGCGUGUUUCCCCCACUGCAGCUGCCAAUCACCUCCAAGAAUAAGCCAUCUGUUUCUAAACCUGAGCCAAUCAGAUGAAAGACCUAAGCCCAUCGGCCAAUUGGAGACACAGUAACGUUUGCCGUGAUGGCCAAUUGUGAACACCUGCGGUGACAGCAGACCUCCACUGUCUGUUGCUUUCUCUCUCAACACACACACACACACACACACACACACACACACCGGCCCAUUUUCAUUUUGCUGCUCUGUCAUUUCUCCCUGGCAUCCCCUCUCUCCCCCUCCUCCCACCCACUUUCAUCCUUCUGUCCACCAUCCAUCUAUCCUUUCUUGAGUUUCCUUUCCUUUUUUAAAGAAAACAGAUGUUGCCUUAGGUAUUAUUUAUGUUACACAAACCAAAUAAACGGGAGACAUUCAUUUUUAAAAAGGUAACGCAAACUGCUAAAAAGGUGUGUUACUGAGCAGAACUGCGGCACAGGAGAAUCUCUGCUCUUCAGUCGCUCCUUUUCUUCUUUUAUUUUUGAAAAACAAAAUGAGAUUCUGUUGUUUUUUUAGAAGUGAGUGUUUAAUACUUAGGCCUUGAUACAGUGAUUUUGUUUAGAUAAAACAAUGUUCUUUACAUUUACCAUUUGAAUACUGGUCUGUUUUUAUUGUGAUCAUGACACUUCUUGAUGCCGGGCCUUGGAUUAACAUGUAGUUGAACAUAAGUCCAUUCAGAUACAUUUUGGUGCGAUUGCUUUUGCCUUCCUGGUGAGGUUUCCAAAUCAAGCUCGGUCUGCAUUUUUGCGAGACAUGAAUGGUGGGAUUGUACCAGGCAAGCUCAAUCAGUAGCUGAAUUUGAGUGGAUUUUCAUUUCUAAAUCCAGGUUUGGAUUAUACCUUCUUAGACUGUUAUUGAGAAGUCUUUUUUUAUUGUUGGGGAAAAAUUGCAAAAAAAUAUAUAUAUAGUGAUUAUUAUCAUUGAGGCUAAAUACAAGCGCUAAAACAUGCGGACUACAGGACUGGAGGUGUUUUUAGGACAAUUAUUAGAUCAAACAAACAAACAAAUGUAGCAAUAUCAACAACAGGUCUUGUUUUUGCCCAAUUUUGUUACACUUUUAUGCAACUUUAAUAAAAACAUGUAAAAUGGA